AUGACUUCCCGGCUCUUCUCCUCGUCGCUCUCCGCCGUCUCCAGACCUCUCGCCGUCGCACGACGCCCACCACAGCCCGUCGUUCGCGCCCACGCCCGCUGGGAGUCCACCAUCGACAGCGCCGUCGCGGCAAAGGCCAAGGUCCACAAGACUCUCCCCGACUUUUCGAUGGCGAACAAAGUCUGCAUGGUCACAGGCGCCGCUCGCGGCCUGGGCAACGAGUUCUGCCGCGCGUUCAUCCAGUCUGGCUGCACGCAGCUCGCCAUCCUUGAUCUCAAGGAGGAGGAGGCAGCCGACGCAGCCGCUGAGCUCACCAAGGCCGCAUGCGUUGACAGUGACAUGGUGGAGAGUGACUACAGCAUUAUGGGAAUCGGCUGCGACGUCUCGAGCGAGCUCUCAGUGCAGCAGGCAUUCCGUCGAGUGAUGGACAGCUAUGGGCGUAUAGACUCGGUCGUUGCGUCAGCUGGAAUUGUCGAGAACUACUCCGCGUUCGACUACCCGUUCGACCGGAUAAAGCGGUUGUACGACAUCAACGUCCACGGCGCGUUCUUCACGGCACGGGAAGCGGCACGUAACAUGAUCCCACAGGGCGGAGGGAGCAUUGUGCUCGUGGGUAGCAUGAGUGCCAACAUCGUGAACAUCCCGCAGCCACAAACGCCUUACAACGCGGCCAAAGCCGCGGUAAAGCACAUGGCGGCCAGCUUGGCAGUGGAAUGGGCAAAGAAGGGCGUGCGCGUCAACUGCCUCAGCCCCGGCUACAUGUUGACCAAGCUUACCCGCACCAUCCUCGCCCACGACCAGGAGCUCAAGAAAACAUGGGAGAGCCUCACGCCGAUGGGCAGGAUGGGUGAGCCAGAGGACUUGGCGGGUGCGAUCAUUUUCCUCGCCAGCGACGCAUCUCGUUUCAUGACCGGCUCCGAAAUCCGUGUCGACGGUGGCUACUGCAUCAUUUAA